AUGUGCCUUUCUAUCACUCAGUUAUGCCAUGAGCUGUCUUCUCUGUCACACCUCACUGGUCCGACAGGCUCGUGUUCUGGCUCCUACCAAGUCGCAUUAGGUUUUCAGUGGUUCAAGCCUCCCAAAAACCGCCGAUCCCCGUUCAGCAUCAGACUUGGACUAAAAGGCCAAAAACUCAACUCAAUCCAUAGCCUAGCAGCAACUGUCGCAACGAUUGCUGCAACCCUCGAGCUAACAACCGAUCUCGGCACCCGGCAAUGCCCUUCUCAACGUCUACUCACGAAUCCGCAAUCAAUCAAAGCCUCUCGUGGCUUGUCGUGUAUUGCGGCCAUGGUCACCCUCUCGAGACGGCCGCUCACAAACACAAAUCGCAAGUUGCCAAACUGCUCCAGCAAACUAUUAUGCAGUAUCCCCGAGAACGACAUCAAUUUGGCUCUAGCUUUCGCUGAUAACGCGGGGUCUGUUUUGGAUGAAGUUGUGUUUGACUUAUCUUGCCUAUCCUUCAGACGAGAAGCCGCGCAACACCCCUCCAACACAAAGAAGAGCGACGUCCAUUGGCAGGCUUCACCGUUGUACAACUCGAAAAAACGAGGGGGCACAUCGACGUCAAAGGUCAUUGACGAAGAAAGGCCCCACGACGGGACAAGGUCGCCAGCAUGGAUGGGGUGUUGCGCCGUGCCGCCCUGCUCAGGUUCGUUGGCGAGCAAGUGGUGCCAAGUGGUUGCCUCGGGCAAGGGAACCUCCCACGUCGAGACUCGAACACCCCCGUGGCCCUUCCCCUCCUUCACCCCCGCCGGACGUUGGCCUUCUUCCCUUGACCGAGUCCGGCUCUUAGGGUGUCACGCGGCCGUCACCCCCGCGGCGCAUGACUGGCCGCCCCUCUCACCGGUCCCGGAACCCCGUGACUUCGGUCCCACUUCAUCCCACCCUUGCCUGUACCUCUUUUCCAAUUUAUUUUACGCGGGUGUAUUUGGGGGCGCAGGGUGGGAAAACCUCAUGGCCUUGGUCACACCGAGAAAUGCCCAGUUAAUAUGCGAGUGCAACGUCUCAGUGGCGGCCCACGCCACACAACGAGACGAAACAUCCCAAUUGCCGGGUGUGAGCAGUCAUGUUUCCUCCUUUGCCCAGGCCCGUUUUGCUCUUCUCGCGCCGCCUGAUCAACGUCUAACGGAGAGUUUCCUAGGCGGGCACCGCCGCUCUCCCGCUGUCAACCGCUGCACGGUGCGGUCAUACCUACCUGUCCUGACCUGGGGCCUUUAUGAGCCUUUCCCGCGUGCUAUCGUGUUACGUACCGCAGCCGCUGCCGUGUUCUCAACGGCUUUGCCUGCAAGGGUUGUCCGGGGACGCGGCCUCUUCGGCCGCCGGGCGCUCGGAACCGACCGAAUUGAGUCCCGUGAGAAGGCAUCGAGCGAUUGA